AUGGGGGAGGUGUCGAAAGCCAAUUCGAGAGUGGUUAAUCCGACAACCUCAUCUACCGAUAUCCAGCACACCCCAGCAGAAAUUGACCAAGAGAAGCAUGACGAUGAGAAGGACUUGACCGCAGAGCCUUCUUACAUAACGGGCCUGCGAUUGUUUCUCAUCAUGGUCACCAUCUUUAUGAGCACUCUCCUGGCCGCCCUCGAGAUUGGGAUUAUUGCGACCGCUAUUCCUGGCAUCACCGAUGACUUCCACCAAUUGAAUGAUGUCAGAUGGUACGGGAGUGCCACUUUUCUCCUUGUUGGGGCAUCCUCUCCGAUGUGGAGCAAGAUGUAUAAAUAUCUCCGCAUCAAAUGGGUUUACCUAAGCUCCGUGGUCAUUGUCGCCGCCUCUGCUCAGAACAGACUUUCUGUAAUCAUCGGUCGAGCAAUCCAAGGAUUGGGGGCUGCGGGGACUCUGGGUGGAUCUGUUAUUCUUAUUAGUGUCGUGGCCGAGCCAAGAAGGCGUCCAGUAUUGAUCGGUAGCUGGAUGGGAGUCUUUAUGGUAUCGACCAUCCUGGGGCCUGUUCUCGGUGGUGUCUUUACGAGUGAGGUCUCCUGGCGGUGGUGUUUCUGGAUCAACCUGCCUCUUGGAGGUCCGAUUGUCAUUAUGUGUUUACUGUUCUUGCGGGUGCCCGGGCACAUCAAGCCUGUCCCAGCCACUUGGAAAGAGAUAAUUUUACAGCUUGACCUUCCUGGGUUUUCCUUGUUACUCGGUUCUCUCGUGUGCUUUACCUUGGCUCUGCAAUGGGGUGGCCAGACCAAAGCGUGGAGCUUCGGUGUUGUCAUCGCCACCUUGGUUCUUUGGAUUGCCUUCACGAUCAUGUUUUUCAUAGUUGAGGGACUCCAUGGCUCUCGAGCUAUGGUUCCAUUGAAGCUGCUGAAACCUCGCAUGACAUGGGAUAAUGCUUUGUGGUGCUAUAUCCUGUGCAGCGGCCAGGUCCCUUAUAUUCCACCUUGCCAAAGUGGCGGAGUGUAUCUUUUACAUACGAAUGCCAAUGCUAGAGUUUCUUCUGUGACUGGAAGCUCAAUGGUUGGAGCCGGCGUUGUCAUAUUGAUUUUCGGAAUUGGAAUCUGA